AUUGUGUCUCAUUUCAGAAGAUGGUGAUGCACUUGAGCUCCCAAAGUUAGGGCUGUGAUGCAAACAGUCUGGUAUUUAAUAAGAGAAAUUUCUGUGAAAACGAAACAGAAAGGUUAAUAGAGCAGAUGAAAGUUUCAGUUUCUGAGUUGUUUUUUUAGACAGAGAGAGAUAUAGUGAGAGAGGAAACACAAGCAGAGGGAGUGGGAGAGGAAGAAGCAGGCUUCCCACUGAGCAGGGAGCCCAAUGUGGGGCUCCAUCGCAGGAACCUGGGAUCACAACCUGAGCUGAAUGCAGUCGCCUAAGGACUGAGCCACCCAGUUCCCAGGAUUUCCUAAGGUUCCUAUCCUUCUUGAAGGUGACCUUCCUUCCUUACCUGAAAAGGUGGACAAGUCCUAUUUUCAAGAGAAGAUGAGUUUUAACAGUUUUGAAGGAUCUAAAACUUGUGUACCUGCAGACAUCGAUAAGGAUGAAGAAUUUAUAGAAGAGUUUAAUAGAUUAAAAACUUUUGCUAAUUUUCCAAGUAGUAGUCCUGUUUCCGCAUCAACACUAGCACGAGCUGGUUUUCUGUAUACUGGUGAAGGAGACGUCGUUCGGUGCUUUAGUUGUCAUGCAGCAGUAGAUAGAUGGCAAUAUGGAGACUCAGCAGUUGGAAGACACAGGAAAGUAUCCCCAAAUUGCAGGUUUAUCAAUGGCUUUUAUUUUGAAAAUACCGCUGCACAACCUACAAAUCCGGGUAUCCCAAAUGGUCAGUAUAAAGUGGAAAGCUACCUGGGAAACAGAAAUCAUUUUGUUUUAGACAGGCCAUCUGAGACUCAUGCAGACUAUCUUUUGCGAACUGGGCAGGUUGUAGAUAUAUCAGACACCAUAUACCCGAGGAACCCCGCCAUGUGUAGUGAAGAAGCUAGAUUAAAGUCCUUUCAGAACUGGCCAGACUAUGCCCACUUGACCCCAAGAGAGUUAGCUAGUGCUGGACUCUACUACACAGGUAUUGAUGAUCAAGUGCAGUGCUUUUGUUGUGGUGGAAAACUGAAAAAUUGGGAACCGUGUGAUCGUGCAUGGUCAGAACACAGGCGACACUUUCCCAACUGCUUCUUUGUUCUGGGCCGGAAUGUUAACAUGCGAAGUGAAUCUGAUGUUGUGAGUUCUGAUAGGAAUUUCCCAAAUUCAACAAAUGUUCCAAGAAAUCCAGCCAUGGCAGAUUACGAAGCACGGAUCAUUACUUUUGGGACGUGGAUAUACUCAGUUAACAAGGAGCAGCUUGCAAGAGCUGGAUUUUAUGCUUUAGGGGAAGGUGAUAAAGUAAAAUGCUUUCACUGUGGAGGAGGGCUAACUGAUUGGAAGCCCAGUGAAGACCCUUGGGAACAACAUGCUAAGUGGUAUCCAGGGUGUAAAUAUCUGUUAGAAGAGAAGGGACAAGAAUAUGUAAGCAAUAUUCAUUUAACCCAUUCACUUGAGGACUCUAUGGUAAGAACUGCUGAAAAAACAACAUCAUUAACUAAAAGAAUUGAUGAUGCCAUCUUCCAAAAUCCUAUGUUACAAGAGGCUCUACGAAUGGGAUUCAAUUUCAAGGACAUUAAGAAAAUAAUGGAGGAAAAAAUUCAGACAUCUGGGAGCAACUAUACAUCACUUGAGAUUCUGGUUUCAGAUUUAGUGAGUGCUCAGAAAGACAAUACACAAGAUGAAUCAAGCCAAACUUCAUUACAAAAAGAGAUUAGUGCUGAAGAGCAGCUAAGGCUCCUGCAAGAGGAAAAGCUUUGCAAAAUCUGUAUGGAUAGAAAUAUUGCCGUGGUUUUCAUUCCUUGUGGACAUCUGGUCACUUGUAAACAAUGUGCUGAAGCAGUUGACAAAUGUCCCAUGUGCUACACAGUCAUUACUUUCAAGCAAAAAAUUUUUAUGUCUUAAAAAAUUUUAUGUCUUAAUCUAACUCUACAGUUCGGCGCAUUAUGUUCUUGUCAUUACCCUGAUUGAGUGUGUGAUGUGAACUGACUUUAAGUAAUCAGCAUUGAAUGCCAUUAGCAUUUGCUACCAAGUAGACAAAAUGUAAACUACAGUGUUCUAGUUCAUAAUCUAAAAUUUGAAUUUCUGGAUUUGGAGAAAUAUUAGAUAUAUUGUAUAUCCUUUUUUUCACUCUUAUUUAAUUGAAAUCUAGACUAAGAAGCAUCAUACUGUAUAACUGAUCACAAUGUGUAUUUGUAGUACACUAACUUAGUUUCUAAGUGUAAGUGAAUUAAUCAGCUGAAUUUUUCAUUCUUUUCAUAGAGGCUUAACAAAUGGAGCAUUCUUUGUAAACGUGGAGAUUAGAGUUAAUCUCCCCAAUCACAUAAUUUGUUUUGUGUGAAAAGGAAUGAACUGUUCCACACUGGUGGAAAGAUAGAGAUUAUUUUUAGAUGUUUGUCUUUGUGUUUUAGUAUUUUGUCCAUUCUGUUUUAAAAUUAGACACACGUGCUUGGAUGGGUGAUUGUAAAAAAUUAUUUUGCCAUUGUUAAAAGGGUAUUUAAGGAUAGAAUACCGUCUAGCCAACAUGUACUGACAUGGAAAGAUGUCAAAGAUAUAUUAAGUGUAGGCUGAAGUGGCAAAACACUGUGUAUAGAAUGAGUCAGAUGAAGGUGUGUGUGUUUUGUAUAUGUAUAGAACAAAAGAUUUGGAUCGAUAAAGCACCAAACUGUUAAAGUGUGGUUUCUCUUGGUGGGGGGAGGGUAGGGCCCAGAGCGGGGGGGGGGGGGGG